UUCUAUACAAUAUGUUCUAUACAUUUUCUCCUACAUUAAGGCAGCAGGUAGCCUAGCGGUUGGAGGGUUCAAAUCCCUAAACCGACAAAGUGAAAAAUCUGUCUAUGUGCCCUAGUCCUUGAUCAUGACUCAGUUCCAUUACAUUACACAUAAGUCAUUGGACGAAGGCGUGUUCUGUACGGCGAGUUUUGUUAAGAUCUAAAAUGCUCAAUUUGAAAAGUAACAAGCGUCGCUUGCUGUACGUUAUUGGCAGCAUAAGGACCUUAUCUUCCAUAGCAGAAAAAAAAUACAAGGUUAAAUUGAUACACACAUUGGUACAGUUAGGGUUAGUGUUAUCACACAGCCACAUCUCCAUGUUACAGCGCUUGUUUAUGGAAAACAGACAGGAGACAAGAGUCAACCACCUGUGCCAAUUAGCUAUCUAGCAUGCUCCGAACACCUGUGUGUGAUGUAUAUGUGCAACUCGGGAAGUGUAGUUUUGUCGGAUGGAGACACCCAUAGCUGUAUGGAUCUGUGCAAAACUGCUACUGUAAGUGUAACCGUUUUAGUUGAAGGAUACUUUCUCGCUGAUGAAAAAUAAGGGCCAUAUGUUUCAAAAGCGGUAUUGCAAGCGAUGAAAACGUUAAAACACAGUGCCUGAGAACUGUAAGGAGAACGCAGAAUGUCGCCUAGAGUUUUCAAUAGCUAGAUGUGCCCUUGAGCAAGGCACUUAAACUUGAUUGCUCCAUGUUCGUUUCUGAUAAUGGCUAGCCGUGACCCUAUUCUCUGAGUGUGUCUCUGGGAGUUGGGAUAUCAAAAAACACAUUUCCAUUUCACACAUGUGUAUAAUAGCUGACACACUUGUACAUGUGUGAAACAGGACAAAUAUAAGCACCCACAUGUUAUACUUAAGCAAUAAUGCAUGAGGCCAUGUGUUAAUGACAAUUUUAUCAUGGUUGUGAUGUGGUCAUAGCCACGAGAAGCUGCCAAAUAGAACUACCCACACUUUAUGCUGUAUGAUCGCCCUCCUCCGACGCUUGAGGUGGCAGGCAGACCACGCAACGUCAUCCCGUUACGUGUAUGAAUACACGGAAGGAGGAGGAACGUCAGUAUUUUGCUUUGUUUUGGUAGAAGAUAUUUUAGUGAUUAGCUAGCUAGCGUUUAUAGGUCGAGAACGAUCAAUAAUUUGCGAAUUAUCUAAAAACAUCACUGAGCGAUGGUCAAACGCUAUUCAUGACAGAGAGGAACUUUGAGAGAAUACAGAAUUGACCCUGAUGUCAUCCCAGUAACUGCGCUUGAGAGACAUGGCGAGCUGUGGUGAGGUAGACCACACUGUGGACUCUGUGUCCUCUAAGGUGGAAGAUGGAGGGGACGCCUGUACUGGUGACUCCGCCACCUCCCCUAAAGCUUCGGCCAACCCCUUGCCAGAGUGUGCCAUCUGCCUCCAGACCUGUGUCUACCCGGUUUGCCUGCCCUGCUGCCACGUCUUCUGCUUCCUGUGCGUUAAAGGAGCCUCCUGGCACAGCAAGCGCUGUGCUCUCUGCAGACAGGAAGUACCUGAGGACUUCCUGGAGCAUCCCACCCUGCUGUCCCCAGAGGAGCUGAAGGCAGCAGCUGCAGGGGGGCGAGGAGGAGGAGCCGGGCCGAGGAGCGCUGGGGGAGACAAUGCCUGGUACUACGAGGGGAGGAAUGGAUGGUGGCAGUAUGACGAGAGGACCAGCCGUGAGCUGGAGGACGCCUUGGCCAAGGGCAGGAAGCGUCCCGAGAUGCUGAUUGCUGGCUUCCUGUACGUGGCUGACCUGGAGAACAUGGUGCAGUACCGCCGCAACGAGCACGGUCGCCGCCGCCGCAUGAAGCGUGACAUGGUGGACAUUCCCAAAAAGGGUGUAGCCGGACUCAGACUGGACUCUGACCCCAACCCGCCAGUAGUUGCCAUGGCAGCUGUUCUGGUCGCAACAGUGGAGCUGUUAAGCUCUGCUGACAGGGAGGAUGUGACUGGACGGUCACAGGCGGGUCGCUCAGGGGUUCUCAUCCCAGCUCCUCCUGUCAGACCCCCUACAGUCCUGGGGGCCCACCCUGCCACCCCAGCCUCCAUCUCCCUGGAAGACUCUCUGUCCCAGCUCCUCAUCAGCCAACCAGAGGGGGAAGAAGAGAAGGAGGAUGAAGAGGUAGCUUCAAGCAUGAGCCAGGCGUAUGAGUCAGCAUCUGGUAGCAGUGAGGAGGAGGAUGAUGGUGGAGAUGAGGUAGGCCAGGGGUGGGACAGGGAAAGGGGGGGACGAGAAGUAGGAGUUCGACGGAGGACCAGAUACAGACUCCUGCAGCGGUGGCUCAGGGAGGUCCAGCCUGACAGACUGCCACCUGGUGGUGGGUCUUCCAGCGGAGGCCUUACUGUGCGCCCACGCAGCCCUGACGGUCAGUGCAGUGUCACUGAGGUGUGACCACAACUGGACCACUGUCUCUGCACUCAUCCCGGCUCAGCAAAAAAACGCAUUCACUUCAUGCCCAUGGUGGUAGUGAAGAACCAAGGGGGAGAUAGCAGAUCAGCCAUUUCCAUUACAUAUACACUUCAGUCAGCCACAUAGGCUAAUCAAUAGUUUAUAAUAAUACAUCAGCCAGCAAGUUUAUGCAACAUUGCACACAAUGAAAUAGCCCAUACUGCUCCACUGUCUGCCACUGUAACCAUUUGAGCCCAUGUUAUUAUGGUUAAUCAUGCAUUGGUACUAAAUAUUUGAAGAGAAAUGGUGAAAUGAUAAAGGUUUGAGAUUUGGAGGGGAGUUAACCUUUUAAAUAUGUAGCAUCCCAUCUCUAACCGGAGGCAAAAAGUAAUCUUGUUUUGUCGUACAUUGUUUUUGCUGUAAGAAAUGUAUUUUCUAAUCUCCAUUGAGAGUGUGUGUGUGCAUGCUCUUUUGUCUGUGUGUUGAGGUCAUAUUUCAUCUUAAUAUAAAAGUGUGUGCUUGUGUUGUGAGUGAAAGGUGAUGAGCCUACUGGUAGAGAGGUCUUGAGUGUAGAGACGAGGGACGAUUUCUAUUACUUGUUCUAGUAUUCUAUGGAAACAGUGUGGAUGGGAGAUGAAUUGUGAGUGUUAAUGAGUCUGUUUUGAAGUUUGAACCUAUUAUUUGAACUCUUCUGUCAACAAAGAAGUAUUUUUGACUUAUUUAAUAUGAUUUAACAUGUGUGUGGUCUCUUUGUUUAACUGUGUUUUCUCAAAAACAAUAAAGUUUUUCUUUGACAUUAAUUGAAAA